CACGGCGAAGACAUGAACAUGCUGCCGGACGGCCACUUCGAUGCCGUGGUGAUCACGUACGUGCUGUGCACGGCCAUCAAUGGCAAGAAAAUCAUCAGCGAAUGCAGGCGUGUGCUGAGAAAGGGAGGUCGCCUUCUCUUCGCCGAACACGUUGGCCACAAAAAAGGCACGUUCUCUAGGUUUAUGCAGGACCUGCUGGCACCACUCGCCCAGUAUAUGACUGGCGGCUGCUACAUGAACAGAGACAGUGGUCGCGUUUUCAAGGAGGCCGGCUUCGAGAGGGUCCAACUGGAGGAAGUCGAUCUGUACCUGCCUUUUGAGUACAGCUUCCACGUCUACGGCGUGGCGACUGCCUAAAUACCCGCAUGAAUGGACAGUGCAUUCACAAAAAGACGACUUUAGAUAUUGAUGAUAGGUUACGCUAUGAGCGCCGCAUGCUUCUCGUCGAGACGCGAAUAAAUUUUCCGCACUUUGCAAUAUAUAAAACGCCUUUAGAUAUUUGUCUGGGAUUUCUACAUGGGCUAGCUGAAAGACAGUUCACAGAUCGGACUAUAGAUGACGCACUUUGGCCUCACACGUUUACCGACUACCAUGUGGUAUAUAUAGACAAGCUGAUUUGGUGGUAGAGAAUACCCAUGAAAUAAUAGUAAACAGCGUAUGGACGUAUUCCUCUUCACAUUCUGUACUGCCAAAAAGAGAAAUCUUAUUUCCUUCACUAUACUGUAUUUAUGAAGGAAGCUUCUGUCAACCGCUGUGGAAAUGUAUAAACCAAUUUUAAGCUCAACUUGUUCAAGGGCGUCAUUUCGCAAGAACUCAAGGAUCCCUGAAGCAAAUUCCACAAGCGAUGGUAAUCAGAUAUAUUGCUACCCUGUGCAGUGGAGCCGAAGGACAGAAGAUAGAACUG